GCUCGGAUAUCUCCAGUGGAAUCUUCCGACGAUGAGACACGUGCGGUCCACCUAAAGGAGAUUUCCAACCACGCUGAUAGUUUUCAAUUUAUCAGUGGUUUAUUUUAUUUUAUUUUAUUUUAGCGAAAAUGGCGAACGACUCUCCGGCUAAAAGUCUGGUGGACAUCGACCUGGCGUCCCUGCGGGACCCCGCCGGGAUCUUCGAGCUGGUGGAAGUGGUUGGGAAUGGAACCUAUGGACAAGUCUACAAGGGUCGACAUGUCAAAACGGGACAGCUGGCGGCCAUCAAGGUCAUGGAUGUCACAGAGGAUGAAGAGGAGGAAAUUAAGCUGGAAAUCAACAUGCUGAAGAAGUAUUCCCAUCACAGGAAUAUUGCAACCUAUUAUGGAGCGUUUAUCAAGAAAAGCCCACCAGGUCAUGAUGACCAGCUAUGGUUGGUGAUGGAGUUCUGUGGUGCUGGUUCCAUCACAGACCUGGUAAAGAACACCAAAGGCAACACUCUGAAGGAAGACUGGAUCGCUUAUAUCUCCCGGGAGAUUCUCAGGGGUUUAGCUCACCUACAUGCCCAUCAUGUCAUCCAUCGGGACAUCAAAGGACAAAAUGUGCUCCUCACUGAAAACGCUGAGGUCAAACUUGUUGAUUUUGGUGUGAGUGCACAGCUGGACCGAACAGUAGGCCGAAGGAACACUUUCAUUGGAACACCAUAUUGGAUGGCGCCCGAGGUCAUUGCAUGUGAUGAAAACCCAGACGCUACCUACGACUACAGGAGUGACCUGUGGUCUUGUGGAAUAACAGCCAUUGAAAUGGCUGAAGGUGCUCCCCCGCUGUGUGACAUGCAUCCAAUGAGAGCACUGUUCCUCAUUCCCAGAAACCCUCCUCCUCGACUCAAGUCCAAAAAAUGGUCUAAGAAGUUUUUCAGUUUCAUUGAGAGCUGCCUGGUUAAAAAUUACACUCAGCGCCCACCCACUGAACAGCUGCUGAAGCAUCCCUUUAUCCGGGACCAGCCCAACGAGAGGCAGGUCCGCAUCCAGCUCAAAGACCACAUUGACCGAACUAAGAAGAAGAGGGGUGAGAAGGAUGAGACAGAGUAUGAAUACAGUGGAAGUGAAGAGGAGGAGGAAGAAGCAUCUGAGCAAGAAGGCGAGCCGAGCUCCAUUGUCAAUGUGCCAGGUGAGUCCACCUUGCGUCGGGACUUCAUCCGGCUUCAGCAGGAGAACAAGGAGCGUUCGGAGGCGCUACGCCGUCAGCAGCUCCUGCAGGAGCAGCAGCUCCGAGAACAGGAGGAGUACAAGCGCCAACUACUGGCUGAGAGACAGAAACGCAUUGAACAGCAGAAAGAGCAAAGGAGACGGCUGGAGGAGCAACAACGACGGGAACGUGAGAUGAGGCGGCAGCAGGAGCGAGAGCAGCGCCGGCGCGAGCAGGAAGAGAAGAGACGCACUGAGGAGAUGGAGCGGCGCCGCAAAGAGGAGGAGGAACGCAGGAGGGCCGAGGAGGAGAAGAGGAGGGCUGACCGUGAACAGGAGUACAUCCGGAGGCAGUUGGAGGAGGAGCAGAGGCACCUAGAGAUCUUGCAGCAGCAGCUCCUUCAUGAACAGGCCAUGUUGCUGGAGUAUAAAUGGCGGGAGCUUGAGGAGCAACGCCAAGCCCAGAAGCUCCAGAGACAGCUGCAGCAGGAGCAGGCUUAUCUGCUGUCACUCCAGAAAAACAAGAACCUGGAUAGUAGCAAAACAGGUCAGCAACAGAGCGUCAAACCUGCACAAAAUCUUGAACCAGAGAGGGUAAAUAUCAAGGAGAACCCUGAACCAGAUCCAGCAACGCAACAGCAGAACACAGACUGUGAGAGGACUAAGUCCAGUCAAAGUCUGGAGAAAACCAAACUACCUAACCUCCAAGGCUCUGCCCCUGACACCGAGCCAGUCAGAGAGGCUGAUGAGCGGUAUAGGAAGAACAUUCAGGGUUCACCCCAGUCUGCCCAGAACAAACCACAGCAGCCUCCAGUGCCACCACGGUCUGAGUCUUCCUAUCCCAAUGGGAACUCUUCCUCUGAUGCACCUGGAAUGCACCAGCCUGUGGAACCACAGGUUUGUUCACAUCUGGCUGCUUUAAAGAGCAGCAGCAUGGCUUCAUCAAACUCCUCUGCCACCUCCCCACCCAUCAUGUCUCGGUCUCACUCCUUCAGUGAUCCCUUCGCUCCUAGCUUUGAAAAUCUUCUCCAAGAACCGCACCAGCUGCCCUGUCACCAUUCGUCUUCAUAUCCUUCCUUCUCAUCAUCAACACCUGCACGCACUGACUCGCAGUCACAACCUCAGGCUAGAGCCUCAUCCUAUGAGCCAGCCUCCGCAGAGGAGGUCCCACCCAGGGUUCCUGUCAGGACUACAUCAAGGUCUCCGGUGUCGUCACGGCGAGAAUCGCCUCACCAUGCUGUCCAACGCAACUCUGCCAGUGUGGCAGAGCCUCGGCUACUUUGGGAGCGAGUGGAGAAACUGGUUCCCAGACCAGCCAGUAACAGUGGGAGCGGAGGUUCCAGUUCCUCCAGCAGUUCCAGUAAAUCCAGCUCGCAGGCAGGUUCUGGAGAGAGGUUCAGGGCUCGCUCCUCUUCCAAAUCUGAGGGUUCACCCCUCCAACGACCGGAGAAUGCUGGGAAAAAGCCUGAAGAGCGGAAGGAUUUGGUGAGGCCAAACAGAUCAGCGGACCUGACUGCCCUGGCUAAGGAGCUACGUGCAGUGGAGGACGUUCGCCCCCCCAACAAGGUGACAGAUUACUCCUCGUCCAGCGAGGAUUCAGACACCACUGAUGACGACGAUGACGAAGAGGUGGACCAGGAAGCAGGAGAGGAGUCUACAUCUGGCCCGGAGGACUCCAAAGCUCUGCCGUCCAAACUGAGUAACGGAGAGGCAGAGUCGGCGAAGACCAUAAUCGUUCACAACGAAGGCGAGAGCAAUGCCGGCUCCACACCGUGCAAAGACAGCACACUGAUUGUCAGACAGAGUGCAGGUGACAACAAAAAGCGACCUGGCCUUGACUUGGGCCAAACGCAGGGCCCUGUCCUGCUUGCAGGCUUGGCUCGGAGUCCUGGCUCAGCAUCGAGCCCAGGGCUUGUCAACCACACCCCCAGCUCUCAUCACCAUCACCACCAUCAUCCCACGCAGCACUCAGACAGGAACGGCUUUCCUGGCCGCAUCCACCACCUCCCAGACCUGAUCCAGCAGAGCCAUCAUUCCUCCCCCCCCUUCUCCUCCACAUCCAGCUCCCCUCUCACCUCCAGCAUUUCCAGCCCCUCCAUGUCCCCCCAGAGCCCCCUGGACAAGUUUGGCAUCCUCAUCGAGAGCCAAUCUAGUAAUAAUAUGCAGAAACACAAAUCUUCUUCAUCCUUCACUCCAUUCAUUGACCCACGCCUCCUCCAAGUAUCUCCAUCCACCGGCAGUGCCCUGAACAAUGUUGGCUACAGCAACGACGCCCGGCUAGCGGAGGCAUUGAGAGCCGACCCAUCUCGGAAAGGUUCGGUGGUUAAUGUUAACCCUGUCAACACUCGGCCGCAAAGUGACACACCAGAGAUCCGCAAAUAUAAGAAGAGGUUCAACUCUGAGAUUCUGUGUGCUGCACUCUGGGGUGUGAACUUGCUGGUGGGAACAGAGAGCGGAUUGAUGCUGUUAGAUCGCAGCGGUCAGGGCAAAGUUUAUCCUCUGAUCAACCGCCGGCGUUUCCAGCAGAUGGAUGUCCUGGAGGGGCUCAAUGUUCUGGUCACUAUAUCAGGUAAGAAGAACAAGCUCAGAGUCUACUACCUGUCUUGGUUAAGGAACAAGAUCCUCCACAAUGAUCCUGAGGUGGAGAAAAAACAAGGUUGGACGACUGUAGGAGACCUGGAGGGCUGUGUUCACUACAAAGUUGUGAAAUAUGAGCGGAUCAAAUUCUUGGUUCUGGCCCUGAGAAACUCUGUGGAGGUGUAUGCCUGGGCACCGAAGCCAUACCACAAGUUUAUGGCUUUCAAGUCCUUCGGUGACCUGGUGCACAAGCCCCUGCUAGUUGACCUGACUGUAGAGGAAGGACAAAGGUUAAAGGUCAUCUAUGGCUCAUGCUCAGGCUUCCAUGCUGUGGAUGUUGACUCUGGGGCAGUUUACGACAUCUAUUUACCGACACACAUCCAGACCAGUAUCCAGUCUCAUGCCAUCAUCAUCCUACCCAACACAGAUGGCAUUGAGCUGCUGGUGUGUUACGAGGAUGAAGGUGUCUAUGUUAACACCUAUGGGCGCAUCACCAAGGAUGUGGUGCUGCAGUGGGGGGAGAUGCCCACUUCAGUGGCCUACAUUCGUUCAAACCAGAUUAUGGGUUGGGGGGAGAAGGCCAUAGAGAUCCGCUCAGUGGAAACUGGUCAUCUGGAUGGUGUCUUCAUGCACAAAAGAGCUCAGAGACUCAAAUUCCUUUGUGAAAGAAACGACAAGGUGUUCUUCGCUUCUGUUCGGUCGGGAGGUUCGAGCCAGGUGUACUUCAUGACUCUGGGUCGGAGCAAUCUCCUGAGCUGGUAGAGGUUCACACUCUUACCUCUGCUUCUUCCUCCUCUACCUUCACCAACACUGGAUCUCUGAACCCGCCGUUGAUGACUUUUCAACCCUCGGAUAACUUAUAGUAAACAAAACAACAACAACAGCAAGAAAACAUAACCAACAUCUGGACCAGAUGACAACAUGGACUUUACUUUCUCAGAGCUGCUGCUGAGCUCCAGGCCGCCUGUGGCUCAGCGUCAGUCGGCCUAAUCGCGCAAUCGCCACUGCUCGGUGUGCCUGAAGUGACAGCUUGUGCGCACGUUGAAAUCCGUUAUUAAGUAGUCAUCAAAUACAGCAGAAAUGCUGAGGAAAAAUUAAAUGUGAAUUAAAGCAAAGAGGGGUGAUUCCCCCUGUCCGCCCUCCCAGGUUACGCUGCGCUCAUCAGAUUGCGAUGGGACACUUUGUACCUGUGCGUUGUUUCCGUGCUCUCUGGCUGUGCAGUGAGAUCAGGCUCUUCUAACUCACACUGCUUUUUUGCGGAAGCAUUUCCCGCUAUCUGCCCUCAUGAGCGGGUUUUGGGGGGAGUUUUGCUCCAGUGAUCUUAGUACGUCGCUACGCUACAAGUGUGUCUGCGUGAACGUACUUAUGUCUUCUUUGGUCAACUUCCUGUUGACAAGCUCGUUAGAGCUCCAGACUGUCACUUUAGGAAAGUGAGACAUCUGAGAGCUAAUGGGAUGCAAUGUUGCCCUGGUAACAAGCAGGUGGGAGAGGCCUGCAUUUUAAAUUUUUACUGUAACUGAUUGAUGGGACAUGAUUGAAAGAUGUGUGUAGUUGAAGUAUUGUGUUGUUCAGAGAGGUGCUUUAAAAAAGGCUCCCUGUGGAAGAGAGGAUAGUAUUUUUUAUUAUUAUUAAUAUUAUUAAUCCCUGAAUCUAAGUGUAUCUAUGUGGAGUUAAACAUGUCUUUUAACUUAACUUUUAUCUUUUUUUAGAACCUUCACACACAGUCGACAGUCUGCUUACUUUUACUCUGAACCCACAGAGUGUGAGUUUUUGUGUUUGUGCAGGGAGAAAGUUGUGUGCGUGUGCUUCACAGCUUGAUGGGAAAAAAGUUUAUGUACAAUAAAAGUUCCUUUAAUCUUCUGGGAAACAUCAGUGAUCAUGUUUUUCCUGCCAGUCAGACAUGGCGACUCUGAAGUCACCUCACGUGAUGGGCGUCUGUCUGGCGUCCGUCAUCCUGAGGGAGUAGAACUGUGAAUAGAUAUCAGAUUUAAAAAUAAAUAAAUGAAAACUGAGGAGAAGAAAGUGACAACAGGUGAUUCAGGAUGUGUUUAUGCAAGUGGCAGAACUCGGCGUCAUCACAUGAUAGUGGAGUUCUGUGGCAGAGCCGCUCGGGUACCCGGUCAGAUUGGAAUGCUUUUAUUCUGCUGUUCUUUUUCCUUUGUAUUGUUUGUAAGAAUGUCGGAGGAUGUGCUGCGUGCGGUGGUCCAAAGCAUGUUCUGGCGUUGUGUCUUGUCACCAACGGUCGGUCAUAGUAGAUGUUCAGAAAGCUGCCGCGGCACAGCCUUGGCAUGACGUCAGCCGUACUUAUCUCCAGGUGGGAUUCUUGAUGGUUGUUCUUUUGGCAGCCAGACCAAAGCGGUUUUAGGCCGAUGCUUGCUGGACUCCCCCCCACCACACACACACACACACACACACACCUGUCCUCUCCCACCAAACAAAGAGAACACAAACCUUUAGAGUUCAUCUUCCAGACUCUGGAGUUGUCUCACCUGCAUUUAGUUUGACUAACCUGUUGAAGCGAUGGCAGAAACCCAUUUUUAGGCAGGUUUGGGGGUUUUGUCCCCCACUCAUUAUCCCUGUCCUUAUUUAAACACACGUGAGGGUAAACAGCAAACUACAGCAUCGCUUUCCUCAGGCCCUCUGCUCAGAUGGACUUUCCUCUAUUUCCCAAGUGACUGGUGGUUCACCAAAAAGGGCAGAGAAGAGUUGUUUCCAGACUUGUCCAAGCACGUCUGUAUCAGGUCACCCACAAGGUUACGUUGAACAUGUUUUCCCCUUGAGUACAGUUGGAGCGGGAGAGAGAGAGGAAAAAAAAACGUUUUGUUACGUCUUUUGAGCUCCCCUCACAUGUAGAAGCUGUUUGAAGCUUUACUUCCUGCUGCGUUGCUUCUUGAAUCACGGCCUUGAUGAGCGGCUGCUGUGACAGCGUGAAAAGCUUCUGGUUAUCGAUGCGGUUGAUAAGCUGUAACAUCAGACGAUGUCUGAUUAGAAAAGUAGUCGCAGGCCAGCUAACUUUGGAAGUGCCAAGAGGGCAGAAUCGAAAGCAUGUAAAUUUAAAGUUAUAAAACCACUACUUGGAAAUACAGUUUUUACAAAGUAACUCACUUGAAGCUUUGUGUAAUUAUACGUUUUAGAGCUAGUUCAGAGGCUUACCGGUAGAUUCUGUUGUUUCUGUAAGUGUAUGUACACGUAAAUAUGCGACUGCGGUGGUUUAAUAUUGAAACACACACCUUAGAUGGAGAACAUGUUUACAACGGUGAUGUUUUGUUACACUAAUGUGCUUCAUUUGUGUUUUAUGCAUAAGUGUCUAAUUAUUAUUUUUGUUUUUCUCUUCAAGCCUGGUUUAUAUCUGAUAUUGUUUUUAAUUUAAUUUAAUUUCACAUUUGCCAUCUCCCUUUCUUUGCUCAGUAAUCUACUUACAAAACCAUAAAGAACACGUGUGUUGUUCAUUUCAGGUAAUCCCGUAACGCUGCUUCGACUCUGAAACGUUGCGGUAACAUUGCUUGCCGGCUUUGACAUGAGGCAACAUGUUUUCAUCUGCUGUUUCUGACAUGCUUCUCUAACUUAUGUCCGCUCUGUGUAUGACAGAAAGUCCUGUAUUCUCCUGAAGUUUUUUUUUCUUUUAAUAAACUCAAAGUGCUUUUAAA